UAGCAUGGAUGGAUGUAUUAGCAUGGAUGUGUAUUGGCGUGGAUGGAGAUGCGAAUACGUCACCCCAACUCUUCACAGCUCCGUCAUCGCAUAACUUCAUCCCGUCGACGCACGGCUGGCGCGGCUGCGGUGAAUCGCUGGCAACGGCCCGUUGUCCACCCGUUGUCCACCCGUUGUACACCGAUCGCAACUCUGAUCCGGCUGACCCUGCUCAACCUGAAUCCUCGAUCCGAGAUUCGCUGCCGCCCGGGCCAGCGUCGGCUGUCCACCACCAAGGUUGCGACGAGGCCCAGUCAGCACCAACUCCUUUGUCAUUUGUCCAUGAACCAACCGACCACGUUGGCGGUUGGUGGCGGCGGCCCUGUGCCUGGGAAAACGGGCAUGUUUCUGCCGCUGCGCUCCCAUGUGUCUUGGGCCUCUGACGCUCGCCGCUGGCCGCAUAACUUUCACCGGUCACGGAAUGGAACAAUGUCAAAGGAUCGGGCGUCGAGCGCGGUGGUAAUCCGAAAUGAUAGCCCGAAGCAGCCACUCUGUUUUCCCAACCCCCCCCCAAAACGUGCGAAAUCAAAACCCAAGUUCGCUCGGGCUCGAGGCGCUCGAGGUGCUUGGCCCCCCCCCCGCAUUCAGCCAUGUGGAAUGUGUCUCAUCGAGGCGCUAAGGUUGGUCUCCCGCCAAAGCCGCCCGCGUGGGGGAUGCUAUUGGCGUGGAAACUCACCGGGCCUGAAUCCGAAGCCGGUCAGAGGGCCGUCCGUUACCCCGAACUUUACUUCUGCUGGGCGGGAAUGCAUAUCCACCAUCGCCAGAGACGCCAAAGGCCUCGGAACACACAGCGAGCGACCGGCUCGGCCCAACGAUCUCAAUGGCGAGAAACCACGGGACUGUUCAAAGGAUCGAAUGCAUAUGGCAUUUCAAGCCCGAGUUCCCCAAAGCAGCACCAGGGAGUGGUUGAUGUGAGGAAAACGCAUAUGGACGCCAUCCACUUUUGCUUUGCACCGG